CAGGAAAGACGGACCUGGCUUCCAUUCAUCUUCCUCACACACAGAUUUUUCUUCGUCUUCUUUUUGAAUCUUGACUGAUUAAUUCAAUUUCAACUCAAUUUUUCAAUCAAUUAAUCACAUGAUGAUGAAACUACUUAAAUCCUCCCCAACAAUCUUCAAACCUCCAUCCAAAUCCAAACCCCCAAACCCUAGAAAUCAAAAAAAUGUCGAUUUCAUUAGAAAAAUCAUCAUCAGCACGUCAAUCUCUGAUUCCAAACUAUCUGUACUCAACAUCUGCAAAUAAAUCGUUUGAUUUGGAAAAGCAUUCGAAUGGAAAUCGAACUUUCCCUUCCUCAUCAACAGCAGCAGCAACAGUGCCUUAUUCUGUUGUUGCUGCCUCACCAAGUGAACCUGGAAGGAAGAUAGAGAUGUAUUCUCCAUCUUACUAUGCAGCAUGUACUAUGGGUGGAAUCCUUAGUUGUGGAAUUACUCAUACGGCUGUUACUCCUUUAGAUCUUGUCAAGUGUAAUAUGCAGAUUGAUCCUGCAAAAUACAAGAGCAUCUCGUCCGGUUUUGGGGUUCUAUAUAAAGAAAAAGGAGUUAGAGGUUUCUUCAGGGGUUGGGCGCCUACCCUGCUUGGUUACAGUGCGCAGGGUGCCUGCAAGCUUGGGUUUUAUGAAUUCUUCAAGAAGUACUACUCUGACCUUGCUGGGCCAGAGAACGCAGUCAAAUACAAGACUUUCAUCUACCUAGCUGGUUCUGCAUCCGCCGAGGUUAUUGCCGAUGUUGCUUUGUGUCCCAUGGAGGCUGUGAAAGUACGAGUCCAAACUCAGCCUGGGUUUGCAAGGGGAUUGUCAGAUGGACUUCCGAAGAUCAUCAGGGCUGAAGGUUACGACGGGUUAUACAAGGGUCUUGUUCCUCUCUGGGGUCGACAGAUUCCAUACACUAUGAUGAAGUUCACAUCGUUCGAGACCAUAGUAGAGAAUAUUUACAAGCACGUUACCCCCAAGCCCAAGGAUGAAUGCAGUAAAUCCAUGCAACUGGGUGUCAGCUUUGCUGGCGGAUAUAUUGCUGGUGUCUUAUGUGCUAUUGUUUCUCACCCUGCUGAUAAUCUUGUUUCGUUCCUCAACAAUGCUAAGGAUGCCACUGUUGCGGAUGCUGUGAAGAAGAUAGGUGUGGUGGGUCUAUUUACUCGGGGUCUUCCAUUGCGCAUUGUUAUGAUUGGAACUCUUACGGGAGCACAGUGGGGUAUCUAUGAUGCUUUUAAGGUGUUUGUGGGCCUGCCAACAACUGGAGGAGCUCCUCCCCUUCCUUCUGCUAUGCCUGAACUCGAUGAAACUCACUGCAAUAGCCAACUUUAGGUUAUAUAGGUUGCAUAAAUUUUGUACUGAUCGAGUUAAGCAUAGUUUGAUAAAUACGCAAGAUCUUUCUAGGGCGCUCUGUGUACCCUGCAAUUUGAUGUAGAAUACAACCAUUUAUAAUCAGAUUUCUCCCCUAGUUCUAUAUUGCUAUCUGUAACAAACUCCAUUCUGUACUUUGUUCGGAAUUGUUCAUUUGAAAGUACUCGAUAGAAAGGGUUGAAGAUGAUUACAUUAUGGUGAUGAAGAUGAUUACAGAGCAUCCAUGUCAAUGAGAAUAUCCAAUUCAUGGAACAUUUUUUUGGAGUA